AUCUAUGUUAUUCCCCCUUCGGGCUCUCCAGUCGCCGCGUCGAAAUCCCCCGCCGCCGCAAGUCCCAGAGCCAAUUGUGUUUGUGUUUGUAGUUUGAUUCAUAAAAUUGUUCAUUCCGUUCUCUGUCGAUGUCGAUGUCUGUCUGUAUACACACGGGAGUCUGCUCUCAACGCGAUGAGUUUUUAUGCUAGGGCCUUAUUCCGCUAGUAAGUGUCAGAUAUCAAACAGGUAUGCGGACCGAGCUCUCCUCCACGUAUACACAAAUUAAAUCCAAUUAGUAUUCAAAACUAAUUUUCUACUCUCGCUCGUCGUGUGCAGGUGAACCUCGAGAGUUAUGCGAAAAGAAGUGGUGUAGUGCCUUAAGCCAUCGUCGGAUCGGGUGUGGACCUUGCAUCCUGUGUCCAAUUACCUGUCCAAUUUCUGUGCGUCAACGUAAGAGCGAAAGAAAAGCUAUCGCGGGAGAUCAGUGUGUGCAUUCAGUUGUAACGAAGUUGUGUGAUGAGUUCGGGCACGGAUGAAAUUGACCGCAGUGUCGCGGUGUCUAAUGGUGACCAGCAGCAAAACAAUGCAACGACGGCCACCAUCCAGGAGACCUCGCUGUCCCAAAGUGGGUCGACGACAGAUAGCGAUGGCCCGAAAACGACCAAUUGGGUGAAGUUCGAUGAUGACGACGGCAAGAAGGCACAAGGCGACAAGGCGGCAUCCGCCCCACCCAACGACAUCACGCCCGCUGCCGUCCUCCCAACCGAGUCUGUCCACGUGACGAUAGACGCGCGCCUACCGACAAGUCCCAAACAAGUCGCUCCGGUGAUCUCCUCGCAGCCUGCGCCGGCCACUGCCUCCCAGGGCCAGAGCCUCCCACCACCGCUAACCAACAAGACGUCCCAACCGGCCGUGAUCGACAUUCCGAAGCAAACGACGGUCAACGUGGUCCAGCCGAUCCAGUCGAUGCGCACGAUCGAACUCUCGACGGGGCGGGUUCGCGAGGGUUUCGCCAACGGCGAUGUGAUCGUGACGCUGCUGCCGACCAACACUCGCUGGCCCUGGGUGACGCCGGCGGUGUUCCGUCCGGAGCUGGUUCCCGAGGAGUUGAUGGCGCAAGGGUUGACGCUCACGGUUGAGGAAUACGUCCACGCAAUGGAGACUCUGGUGAAUGAUUACCGGUUCACGAUGUACAACAUUUGCUACAAGCGAGUUUUGGUGGUUUGGAUCUUGUUUGCAUUUGUCGUCCUGUUGGGGCUGCUGUUCUCGGGUCUGUACGGAAUAACGCUGUUUUCGCUGGGCGUCGGAUGGCUCUUCUUGAACGCGGCGGCCAUUUUCCUGUGCAUGUGGGUUAAGUUGCGUCUGGCCCGAGGGCUGGAGCGUUGCAUGGCCCGGGUCAACAAACAGUUGAUUCGUCACAAAAUUUUGCUGGCGUUGGAUGACCGAGGGCACAUCUCCUGCCACAAGGUCAACCUUUGCUUCAUGUACUUUGAGCCGUCGCAAUGCAUCAGCUAUCUGAACGAGUUUAUCGAACGAAGCGAACAGAACGGAAAUACGAUCGAACCUGGCUGGGAGAGUCGUCUGGACGUGGCUACGAACGAUAUCGUGAUUCAGGGAGCAAACACUACUCGACUGUCGAGGAAGCAGGGCAGAGCGGAGGAAAUUUUCCUGCGAUAUCUGCAGCGCUGGGGCAAAGACUACCUGCGGCGCCGGCUGGACUGGACCAUCGAGGAGAACGGCAUCGUGUCCGCGCCGAGGCACAUUCCCACUGCGUACUGUCCCUGCCAGUACGCGGAGGAGGUUCUGCUGCACAAGAAACCAAAGGAUGACCCGCGCGUUUGCUGCGCGUCGCUUCGCCAGCGAGCGCAACGAUUAGGGUUCCAGUUCUAGGGCCUAAAACCUCACACACAAAAAGAGGAAGAGAAAGGGAGCAACAGGGUUGAGAACAUGUGAAGCAUACUCGACGUACUUAAACUGCGACAUUCCCACUAACCCUAGUACAAACGUGUUUUAACAUAUUUUGUUUAUAACAAAUCAGUUAAGCUUUUAAAGACAAACCCGUAUCACAUAGUCACAGAUAACAGACGACCAGGCUAGAAAUAGUUUUAAAAACGCCUAUUAAUACGUCGUCGUGAUCGUGAUCCAUCUCGUUGCACGUCGAUGUUGAACCUUCCGCUAAAUUUGAUUUUAAUUAUAUUCAACAAUAACGUUUAAACCCCCGUGCAAUGUACAUAACUCAUCGUAGAAAAUAGUUUCGAUAUUGACACACCCUACAAGUGCGCCAACUUGCCCAAGGAAAAUUUAGUCAAGGGCGUUUUGUCACACGUGCAUGCCAGACUACUGUAUACCAGAGCUGAAAAUGUCAGGGGUCCUGACGCGAAAAUCGGCGACGCAUACACGAUUUUUUGAGAUCCAUUCACUGAACCGCAAAACCGUGACAUAAACA